GCAGUAGCAACCAUACAAAGCUGAAUCGCGAAGCAAAGUUUCGAGGCCAACUUACUGACAGCUGCAUUCAAUGUCGUAAGAGAGUUCGAUGCCACCUUAGGGUGGUGAAGAUAGCAUUGUAACUGUAGAGACGAAGAAGGAGUUGCUGCACGAAAGAUGGCGGACGAUGUGGAGAAGGCUAUUUUGAUCACCUUCAGGUUCGAUGGAUCGUAUACUCCACAGCUCAAGGAGCAAGCUGCGGCUUAUGUGAACAAUAUCAAGCGGUCGCCAGAAUGCUGGCAGCUGUGCCUGGAACGCUUCUCUGCGUCGGGCUACACGGAGGUCAAGUUUUGGUGCCUGCAGACUCUGCACGAGCUCAUCCGUGCCAACUUUGUUUCGCUGGGCGCGCCGGAGAAGGCGACGAUCCGCACGGCGCUACUGACGUGGGUGACGCGCGACUGCAACAAUCCCGCCGCGCCGCUGCCGGCCUUCCUGCGCAAUAAGGUGGCGCAGACGCUGGUGGCGGUGCUGCAGUACGAGUACCCCACCAACUGGCCCAGUUUCUUCCACGACCUCAUCGGCGCAAUGGCGGGCGGCGAGGGGGUGGUGGACAUGUUCUGCCGCAUCCUGCUGUCCGUGGAUGAGGACAUCGUGUCGCUGGACAUACCCAGGUCCCAGGACGAGAGCCGGCUGAGCAUGCGCGUCAAGGACGGCAUGCGCGAGCACAGCCUGCAGGAGAUCGCGGCGGCCUGGUUCCGGCUGGUGGGUGGCUACCGCGACAAGGCGCCGGAGCUGGCGGGGCAGGUGCUGGCGGUCAUGACGAGGUACAUCCCCUGGAUCGACAUCGGGCUGGUGGCCAAUGACAAGUUCCUGCCGCUGCUGCUGUCGCUGAUGGACGCGCCGCACAUGACGCUGCGGGGCGCGGCGGUGGACUGCGUCACCGAGGUGCUGUCCAAGCGCAUGGAGGCGGUGCCCAAGCUCACACUCAUACAGAGCAUGAAGAUUGUGGGCACUGCUGCGCGCUGGUCGGGCGGCUUCCCGGUGCGGCUGCCGGGCCCGGACAUGGAGGACGAGGAGGCGGCGGGCGUGGUGGUCAAGUUCGCGCGGCUGCUGGCGGUGCUGGCCACGGAGAUCAUGGACAGCCUCAAGCGGGUGGAGAACGGCGUGAUCAGCCUGUCCGCGGUGGGCUUCGCGGUGCCGGACGAGGCGGCGGGCGAGGCCGCGCGCGCCGUGGAGGCGGCCGGCGGCAUGCUGGCGGCGCUGUUCCCCGCGGUGCUGGCGGCGUUCGGCAGCGGCUGCGACGACGUGGCGCUGCCGCUGCUGCCCUUCAUGAGCGCCUACGUGGCGCGGCUCAAGGGGCUGGCGCGCAGGCCGGCGGGGCUCAGCCCCGACACGCUGGGGCAGGUUCGCUCCAUUCUUGAGGGCCUGGCUGUGGCGGCCAAGUACCCGCAGGGCCCCAACGCCGCGUCCUACGGCGGCCCGCCGCCCACACAGCCGGCGGCGCUGGCGGCGGCUGCGGAGGAGGCGGAGGCGGUGUCUGACAAGCGGCGGGAGCUGUUCACGCUGUUCCGCAACAUUGCCAAGAUCUGCUUUGGCGAGGCGCUGGGCUUUGUGGGGGCGGUGCUUGGGGCGCUGCUGCCGCGGCAGGACGUGGCGUGGCAGGACGUGGAGGUGGCGGUGAGCCUGCUGUACGAGCUGGGCGAGGGGGCGCCGGAGGAGGCGCUCAAGCUGGGAGGCGGCGGCGGCGCGGCGGGGGCGGCGGCAGGCGCGGGCGGGCAGGCGGGGGCGGACGCAGCGAAUGGGCCGGCGGGUGGCGGUGCUGGUGCCGGCGGCGGCGCGCAGGGUGUGGCGGCGGCUGCCGCGGCGGCGACGGGCGUGCCGGCGGGCGGCCUGGCGUCCCUCUUCCUGGUACUGGUGCAGCGGGGGCCGCAGCCCGCCGCUGUGGCCCGGCACCGGCUGGUGGCUCUGGCUGUGCUGGAGUGCUGCGUGCGCUACAGCCGCGUGCUGCAGCAGGUGCCGCCCGCCAUACCGCCCGCGCUGGCGGCUUUCCUGGACGGCCGCGGCAUGGGGCACCCGGCGGAGGACGUGUCCACACGCGCCUGCUACCUCUUUUCCCGCCUCAUCAAGGCCCUGCGGCAGAACGUGCGGCCCUACCUCUCCGACGUGCUGACCUCCCUGCAGCCGCACCUGCAGCGCGUCGCGACCACGCCGCUGGCGCCGGGGGCGUCCGCCUCCGCGGCGGCCGCCGGCGGCGGCGCGGCGGCGGCGGCGGCCGCCGCGGCCGCGGCGGCGGAGGCGGUGUCCGCCACCGGCGCGGGCAAGGCCUCGGCGCCGGCCAACGCCUGCGUGGACGACCGCCUGUACGUGUUCGACAGCGUGGGGCUGCUGCUAGGCCAGGACGAGCUGCCGCCGGAGCAGCAGCUGGCGCUCACAGGACAGCUCAUGACGCCGCUCAUGAGGCAGAUAGAGGAGGCGCUGCCGGCGCUCCGCGCCGGCAGCGCCGCCGGCGGCUCCGCCGCCGGCGGUAGCGGCGUAGCCGCCGCCGCUGCCGCGGCCGCCGGCGGCGCGGCUGCCGCCGCGCUGGUGAUGCAGGCGUUGGAGGCCAUUAACCGCCUGAGCAAGGGUUUCCGGACGGAUACGGUCACGCGCACGCGGCCGGCGUUGGGGACGCUGUUCGUGCGGUCGCUGGAGGUGGCGGUGGCGGCGCCGGCGGCGGCGCCCGCCAGCAAGGCGCUGCGCAGCCGCUUCAUCUCCUUCCUGCACCGCAUGGUGGAGGUGCUGGGCGGCGGGCUGCUGCCGUACCUGCCGCCGGCGCUGGAGGUACUGCUGUCCACGCAGUCCGACGUGCAGGACCUGGUGGACCUGGUGGUGCUGGUGAACCAGCUGCUGGCGAGGUACCGGGACGCGCUGGCGGCGCUGCUGGCGGCGCUGCUGCCGCCGCUCAUGAUGCGCAUACACGGGGCGCUGGGGCCCGACUGGGACUGGAGCGGCAAGACCGCCACGCCGGGCGCCAUGACGGCCGCGGCGGACGGCACCUCGGCCACGCUGGAGGAGGCUCGUGAGCGCGGCGAGCUGCAGCGCGUGUACUACCUGCUGCUGUCCGCCGUCACCACCGCCGGCAUGAGCGGGGCGCUGCUCAAGGUGCCGCCGGGCGUGCUGGAGGCCGCCGUGCUGGGCCUCACGCGCGGCGCCGCCACGCACGUGGACCCCACCGUGCGCCGCACCUGCCUGCAAGUGUUCUCGCGCCUGGUCGGCGACUGGUGCGGCUCGCCGGCGGCGGGUGCGACUGCGGCGGCGGCGGCGGGCGCCGCCGGCAGCGGCGCGACCGCAGCUGCCGCAGCGGGCGCUGCCGCCGCCGCCCCUGGCGGCGAAGUGGUUCCAGGCUUCCGCCGCUAUGCCAUGGAGCGACUGGGCGAGGAGGCGUGCCUGUUUGGGCUGUUGAGGUCGGGCGGCGGCGCGCAGGGCGGCGGCGGCGGCGGCGCGGCGGGUGGUGGCGGCGGUGGCGGGCUGGAUGUUCGCGACGCAGCGGUGCUGAACCUGCUGGGCGACGCGGCGGCGGCGCUGAAGCUCAUCUACUCCAAGUGCGGCGAGGAGUUCCCGGGGCACCUGGUGGGCACGGUGUUCCCGGCCCUGGGCCUGGCGGGCCACGCGCAGCAGCAGCUGGUGUUCCUGAUCCGCGAGGGCGAGGCCAAGGCGCUGCGGGACUACCUGCGGGAGCUCAUGACGCAGGCACAACAGCAGCAACAGCAACAACAGCAGCAGCAGGGGGCGGCGCGGUAACAGUGGUGGGCCGGCGGCGCGGCGGCGGAUUGGCGGGGGAGCCGCCGUGGCUGCCGGCGGGCUGAACGGGCUUGCAGCAGGGGCGGGUAGGUGCGAAUGGGGGGGUGGGUGGGGAGGGGGGGGAUGAGUGCGGGGGAUUGCCGUACGUGUGGAUGGUUUGGAACGGUGUGUCGGGCGCGGUAAAAUGACUGAAGGCGCAGCAUGACUGUGGCGACUGUGGUGAAAUUUGGACAGGUGGCGCCGCUUGUGCAUGUGCGUGUGGGAAUGUGCGUUAGGGAAACAGACCCCAGAGCUCGCCGCUAUGGAGGGUUAUUAGACAGGCCGCACUUUCUCUCGGACGCAGCUGCAAGCACAAUUAUAUUCCUGGCAAUUGCACCUAUAAUGCUCUUGUGUUGCUUUCCGUUUGUGUAUGCCUGUUCGUGCACCGGGAGGAGCGCUAGGAGGGCGACAUGCAGGGCGUCAGGGCCAUGUCGUUGGGGUCGUUGCGGUCAAAAUGUCCGCCUGACCACUGAAGCCAAGACCCUGUAUGACUUUGUUAUGCAGAGUCUGUAAGAGCUUAAAGCU